AUGUCUUGGCCUCAGCUGGUCAGAGGUAAACAACUGGGGCGUGAGGAUGCGCAGCAGCAGCAGCAGGGAGCGCAGGCGGCGCCGCCCCCCGAGGGCGCGGGCCCCCAGCCGCCGCCGCUGCCGCCCCCGCCGCCCCCGCCGCCCCCGGCCAGCCCCGGCGCCGGCGCGGACGAGGAGCGCGACCCGGUGUGGCGCGCGGCGCGCUUCCUGCGCGCCUACUACCGCGAGCUGGCGGCGCGGGAGCCGUCGCGGGCGCCGCCGCCGCCGUGGGCGCCGCAGCUGCCGGCGGGCGCGCUGCACGCCGCCGCCUUCGAGCCCGCGCUGCAGCUGGCGGCGCUGCGGCCGGGCGAGCCCGAGCCGCGGGAGCGCAUCCGCGCGGACCAGCUGCUCGCGCCGCUCAGGACGAGCGACGGCUCGCUGCUGGAGGCGCCGCGGCGCGUGCUGGUGGAGGGCGCGCCGGGCUCGGGCAAGACGGCGCUGGCGCUGCGGCUGCUGCACGGCUGGGCGGCGGGCGGCGCCGUGGGCGGCGAGGCGUGGCCGUGGGCGGCGGGCGUGCGCCUCGCGCUGCUGGUGCCGCUGCGCGCGCUGGGCGGCGCCGCCGCCGCGGGGGCGGCGGGGCCCGCCGGCGCCGGCCCCGGCUGCUCGCUGGCCCACUUCCUCACCAGGGAGCUGCUGCCCAAGGCGGUGGCGGCGCCCUCGCUGUGGAAGAGCCUGCCGCAGCUGGAGGAGCGGCUGCUGGUCGUGGUGGACGGCGCCGAGGGCGACGGCGAGGGCGACGGCGACGCGGCCGACCUGCUGUCGGGGCGGCUGCUGCCCGACUGCCGGCUGCUGGUGACGGCGCGCCCCGGCCGCGCCGGCCCCCACCUGCUGCAGCGCCUGCAGCGCCGCGUCGCGCUCCGUGGCCUCGACUGGCCGCACGUCGAGCGCCUCGUCGUCGCCUACUUCGGCGCCAGCAAGAAGCCAGAGUGCGCCAGCAGGUUCCUGGAGGUCGUCGGCGGCAGUCACCAGGUGCUGCGCCCCCUGGCGUCGUGGCCGCUGGGCUGGCUGCUGCUGUGUGUGCUGUUUGAGGAGGAGGGCGGGCGGCUGCCGGCCGACUCCCUGGAGGUGCACCACGCCCUCUUCAAGUGCAUCGUGCGCCGCAGCCUGCACAGCAGAGGUGUCGAGCUGCCACCUGGCUCCGACCUGCCGGGCCACUGCAAGAAGCUGCUUGCAGAGUUCGGCAAGCUAGCACUGUCUUGCAUCAAGGAGGACCGCUACACUUACACCGACGCUGAGAUACGUGCGCACUGCCACGGGCUCGAGGUGCUGGAGAUGGGGUUCCUGCGGCGCAGCAUGACGCUGGGCCAGCGCCCCGACCACUACACGCCGCUGGCGCGCAGCCUGGCCGACUUCCUGGCCGCCUACUACCUGUCGUCCGUGGUGCACUACGCCAACAUCCUGCGGCGCGAGCUGGACGAGCUGCCCGGCCUGGCCGCCUCCGCUCCCGCCGCCCCCGCCGCCCCCGCCGCCCCCGCUGCUGCCGCCGACUCGCCCACCGUGGUCGUCGUGCGCUUCCUCGUCGGGCUGCUGGGCCGCAAGGCGCACCUCGUCUUCAACCAGCUCUGCCCGCUCGACUUCCCCACCAGGACACUCUUCAGUCUGCUCCAGGCGGCGGGCCCCAGCGAGGCGAACGUGGCGGCGGUGUGCCGGCUGGUGGGCGCCGCCGGGGCGCGCGCCUGCCCCCCGGGCCCCGGGCCCGGCCCGCCCCCGCCGCCCCCGCUGGUGCGCACCUCGGCGCUCGAGCUGCAGGGCUGGGCGCACGUGCUGCGCAGCGAGGCCUGCGCGCUACCCGCGCUCGAGCUGUCGCUGCAGCUGCAGCUGGACGCCGGCGCCGGCGCCGACGCCGACAAGGCGGCCGCGGCCGCCGGCUGCGCGCCGCGCGACCAGCUGGACGCCUUCUUCGCGGCGCUGGCCGCCAACGAGUCGGUGCGCGCGGUGCGCGUCUCGUCGCUGCUGGGCCACGAGCCGGGCGCGGCCGGAGGGGGCGCCGCAGCCGCAGCCGCCGCGGAGCUGGCGCGCCUCGCCGGGCAUGUGCGCGCCACGCUGGCCAAGCCGCGGCUCGCCGCCUUCGAGCUGGCCAUCACCUGCCUGGAGGACAGCGCGCACGACAGGUUCCAGCCGCUGGUGGACGCGCUGUGCACGGGCCUGGAGGUGGACGCGAGCCCCUCGCUGUCGAAGCUGGUGCUGGACCUGAACAUGGGCACCCGCCAGGUGGCGCAGCUGUGCGCGGCGCUGCGGCGCGCGCCGCAGGUGUCGGUGCUGCAGCUGCCGCACCUGGUGUGCGGCGGCGAGGGCCUGCGGGCGGUGGCGGCGCUGGUGCGCGCGCGCCCCCUGCUGGCGCUCAGCCUCGCCGGGUCGUGGGGCGCCGCGCAGCGCCGCUGCGACGACCCGCCCUCCUCCUCCGGCGUCAGCCUGGGCUCGGGCAGCAGCAGCGGUGGCGGCGGCGGCGGCGCGCUGCAGAGCGGCGGGGGUGGCGGGGGCGGCGGGGGCCGGCCGGGGGCGGCGCCGCUGUCGAGCACGCCGUCCAGCGGCGGCUGCUACUACUUCUCGUCGCUGCCGCGCGGCGCCAUGGCCGCCUACUCGUCGAGCCUGGGCCGGCACGCGGCCACGCUGCCGCGCCAGCCGCUCGCGCUGUCGCUGUCGGGCUCUGCGGCGGGCUGGCCGGACGAGUGCAAGCGCAACUCGGACUCUGUGCUGUGCGGCCGGCUGCUGCAGCCCGCGCCCGCCUGCGACGCCGCGCAGCACGCCGCCGCCUCCGGCUUCCACCACGUGUUCGAGGCGGCGCGCGACCCCGGCUGCCAGCUGCGCAGCCUCAACGUCAGCAAGUGUCUGCUCGGCACCGAGGACGCCCUCUGCCUCGGCGAGACCGUGCGGCGGUCGCGCAGCCUGGCGGCGCUGCGGCUGGAGGGGGCGGCGCGGCUUGGGGAGGUGCUGCCGGCGCUGCUGGGGCUGGCGGACAGCGCCUCGCUGCAGCUGCUCGACCUGGGCUCGCAGCGGCUCUGCCUCGACGACGGCGCCGCGCAGCUCGUGUGCCAGGCACUCGCGCGCAACUCCACGCUGCGCCUGCUCAGCCUCGACGGCUGGACCUUCCGCAUCGAGGAGGAGGGGUCGCUGGCGGCGCUGGUGUCUCUGCUGCGCGCGACGGGCGUGCGCGACCUGGCGCUGCGCGGCUGCCGCCUGCAGCUGGCGGUGCACGAGGGACCGCUGGCGGCGGGGGCCGGCCCCGGGGGGCGUGGCCGCCGCGCCGGUGCCGCCGCCGCCGCCCACCUGCUCGCCGCGCUGCCGCCCUUCACGUGCGCCGCCGUCCUCUUCCUGCGGCUCGCCGCCUUCCAGGUGACGGUGAACGACCGUCCGGCCCUCCGCGGCCCUCUGCUCCUGCCGUUCCUGCGAGGCUUCACGCACCUCAGCGACCUGGACCUGAGCCUGGAGAAGAGCAGCGUCUCCGGGACGGGCGUGCCACUGACUGUCGACGACAAGGCACUGGUGACCUUCUUCCAGACGCUGUCGGCCAGCUUCCGGACGCUGCAGAGCCUGCGAAUGAGCCACUGGCGGCUGAGCCUGGAGGACGCGGAGCGCACGCUGCGCUGCGUGGGACGCGCCCUCAAGGCGUGCUCGCUGAGCCACCUGCAGGUGGACGGGCUGCGCGCGGCCGACGUGGCGUGCCGCGCGCCCGCCGAGCACCUGUUCCUGCAGGCGGUGGUGGCCAACCUCAGCUACCUGAGCUGGCUGAGCGCCGCGGGGGUGCCGCUGAGCCAGGCGCAGGCGGCGGCGCUGGGCCGGUGCGUGCGCGACCGCUUCCCCGGCACGGCGCUGCAGCUGAGCGCCAGGGACAUGGAGGCGGCGGCGGCGAAGGCGCUGGUGGCGGCGCUGCGCGACGGCGGCCGCCUCGAGGUGUCCUUCCUGGCCGGCGCCGGCCCUGGCUGCGAGCUGCGCGUCCAGCGCGUCGCCAAGAACCCCAGGCUCCGCGUCAAGCUGCGCCGCUUCACCAGCCUCAAGGAGUGAGCCUCACCCCGCAUCGGCUGGCGCCUCUGGAUUCUCCGACCAAAUCCUGCCACAACAGCUACACGGUUAAAUGUUUUGGAUGUCUGUGCACUUUAAUAUUAUUGAGAGCAAAACCGUAAAUAUUAUUGUGUUUUUCAGAAGCUAGUUUUCAACUUUAGACUCUGUGACAUUCUCGUGAGUCUAAAUGUUACGAAUUAAAUGAAUGGAGCGGUCUAAAAAAGUUUUAAACGCAUAUUUAAAGGACUUUCCUUCUUCGGAAUACAACAAAAAAUUCUACAGCAGAUUACACCAGUACAAUUCAAACUUUCCAAACUAAAGUGUUGUAAGAAAAAUUUGACUCACAUUUUAUUUUCCCUGCAUUGCACCAUACAUUGGAAAAGAACUGCUGACUAUCUCAAGUAACCGUGUACUGAAAACUGUUAACAUUACAGUAUUAAUACUAUUUUGGUAAUAUUUCUCAGUCAAUGUCAGAGUAGUAUUUGUGGUAAAGUAUCACUGCAGUUCCAGAAUGAGAAAUUGUGAUGGUAACUAGUUGAGUCAAGUUGCUCGUCCUGCUAGAAUCCGUUCGUUGAGGAAAUGGUGAGGUACAGCCAUCAUUUUACUGAAGGAACUCUACGUCUGUAUUACGUUUUGCUUCAGGGAUUGAAAUAAAUCUUUGUGUCUGUGCGAAAUGUGAAAUUUUAACGUAUACAUUAUGUCCGUGAAUUAAAUAGUGUUGUAGUAUUUCAUACUGUCAGUGGUCUACAGUGUCAGAUGUUUCCUUUCCUUGUGACAUUUUGACAUUUUCAUAAUCCUACAAUGCGAUAUUAUCUCGGCUGGGAACAGAAAGAAGCAUAUUUUGCCCAUAUUUCACCUUCUUAUGCCAUUGAUAGUCUGUAACUUUGGAUUUCAGUUUGGUGAAUAAAUACGUAAUAUUGUAAUCCAGUUUUUUCCAGAAUCCAAUUUUUCAAUCAGAAAAGUUUGUCUGUGCAUCAAUAGCCAUUGUUACACUAGCACCAAACGUUAUCCUGUGCUUAACUACAGUUGGUAACCUUUUAAAAAACGAAUUUUUGUAACUCACACUGGUAGUACACGAAGAUUGUACUGAGAUUUUCCACAGGAAAUUUCACUCAGUCAGUAUUUCUACAAUUCUUGAGAGAAUAUCAUAUUACUACAUCUUAUAACGUGAAUUGUUUGAAAUAUUAAAAGUCAAAAUAACCAUGGAAAUACCUAUUCAUAUUUACCAAGCAACUACCAGGAGUACAUUAUGAAUGCUUUCCUUGUAACUUUGACCAUUCAAAGAUACAUGCCGCACCAUUUAGUUUACCAUUAAUGAAAUAAGGGCUAAUAAAAGUAUCCCAUACCAGAUAUCAAUCCCCCUUCGAUACUGAUGUUCCAUAUCUCGGCCACCGCAAGGUUUCAGUGGACCAACAGUGAAUGCUCUUUGUGUCUGCCUGUGCGUUUUAGAAGAUAUAUUCAUUGAUAAAAAGAACAUCACAGAAGUUAUAGUCAGCGAAGAUUUGAGUUGAGCGCACUGACAGAACUGUACAUGAUGCAGGUAAUCAUUCUCGUCCAGUUCCUGGUGUAAAUGUACAUGAAAACAGAAGAACAUAUUGCACACAUGCCAUGUACGCUUGCUUUAGGAAUGCGAUAUCAUGUUCAAGGUGCCGUGUGUCUACGUGUGGAUUCAUGGCGACAGAAAGGAAAAGCGCAGCUUCACUGGCUUCGACUGUGCGAUUUCUAUGAUGACUGCAUUGCCUCCCGUUGAACCUUCACACUUCUUGAAGCAGCAAUCGUUGGGUUCCAUCAGGAAGGCGUCUUUUGUAUCAGGAUAUCGUUCUGUGUAGAGUUCCUUUGUCAGAGUAGUAUCACGCCUACCUUCAAGCAAAAGCGAAGGAAAGUAAUGGUGACACAGUUUUAAAUCAAUAAUGUCCACAACAUAUUGUUUAAGUGUACUACAUGCAUCCAUAUAGUAAACAAGAAAACAUUGUUGUAAUACCUGUUCUGCCAAUGCUGUUCUGUUUCAUAGAUGAGUAUCAUCUUUUCUCCGUUGUUUCCACGCAAAUCUUCAACAGAAGAUGUCUGACAGAAUGACGGGCGUCCAUUUUCCUUGUGUUUCCAUUUCUUUACUGUCAACUCCACCUGGCGGGCGAGUUACAUCAGCCUGGGUGCCUACACUGUGUACCAGUACUGCAGAGUCAAAGUCAGUUUAGUACAGCAGACUCAGUCAGUUUUGUGUUUUGUAUUUAACUCCAUCAUGUUUGCAUGAACGGCACAUAGUAAGACGUUUUUGAACAGGUUUUAUGCAGAGAAAGUGGAUUACCGAAUAAGAGAUACCACAUGUUAUUUAAAAUAAAUAUAAUAUCUUGAUAAUGAAUAAAGCUACACGAAAGGCAAUGAUGUUCGUUAAUGUCGUCCUGAUAGAUAAACAAUUGCAUGACACAAUUUUUUUGUUUUAUUUGUGGACAAAAAGUUGUUUGUGAUGGUCAAUAUAAAUUUGACACGCAAUAUAACAACAUUCUUGUACUGAACGUGUAGAUGUUGUUCUACAGCAUUGCACUGAUAAGCCAAAAACAUACGUGCAAGUUUUUUUCAGAUCAGACGGUCUUUUAUUAAAACUAGCAUAGAAAAAUCGCUAUGUUAUGGUUCUCCUCAGGUAAAAUUUAACGAUAUAGCAUCACAAAUGUGAAGGUUUAUUGUGUACUCUAUUCAAUAAUUAUGGCGCUGAAGAUUACCUCAGUUGUUUACUAACUCACUUGUCUUCUUACAUGCAACUCAUUAAAAAUUCACUGUUAAUCUUGGAGAGACUAUCAUUGUUUACAUGUUCUGCAGCUAUAAUUUGUGGCUGUAAUUGGAAGAGUAUCUGGACAAACUCGAGUAUUUGACUGUCGUAACAGCUCUGUCAUACAGCAAAGUGAUAAAGUUAUAUAAAAACGAUAUUAUAAGUAUAACGUAAGCUGCUGAUACAACACAUCUUUUCAUUGUGGCAAAGGCAUUUCUUCCCAGAAAACUAAGACAAAAGAACAUUCUUCAUUACUCUACAUGCUCCGAUUUCUUUGGUAUUACUUCAAAUGCUGCAUUGCUCCUUUGUGAUACAUUAAGAAAAAGGUUAAGCUGGUUUAUCAAAAUUUAUGCUCCUUGACCAUAAAACCACGUUUUCACAAGUAGAAUUACCAUCACACCAUCAUUUUAAAAAAUGUGUUCUGCUUCGAUCCUUGGACUUACAGAUUGCUUUCACUCUGUACUAAUUUAACUACUAGAAAUUUAGACAUCUGAGAGACAAA